UCACACCAGCUAAUAUUAUGUGGACAGUAGGACUAUUCAUUACAAGGCCAAGCUAUGGUGUUCGUAGGAUUGUUGUUGUUGCUCCUGCGGUCGUCCACAGCGACGUUGAUUUCGAUAGAAGCAGAGACGUCUCGAGGUAAGCACGUCGUGCAAACCAGGGAUGAAGCCUCCAACGACAAGACCGUCUUGGUCAAGAAGGGGGAUGUCUUGGCGUACAGAUUUUGUCUCCUGCAAUCCACCCAAGCCGUCUUGAAAGAGAUUGUAUUUUCUAAUGAUGGUGCUCCGGACCAUGUCUCGAUCAUCUUAGACCAUGAAAUGAUCGGUUCCUUCACCUCCGAAGACAAGUCCGGUGGUGGUUCCUUGUGGAACGUCUUCAAAGGUUCUGGAAGAAUUGGUGCAAGGCUCUUAGAAGGAGGUAUUCACCGUCUGAAGAUGAAGGUCACAGAGGCUGACAAGUACGGCAUUGAAAUAGACAAGAUAUUGAUUGAAAUCGAUGACCCUUUGGUGACGUCGGAAUCAGCCGUUCUUAACUGUUCCUUGCCUUGUAUCAGGGAUACCCUGCCCCUCGUGAGCAACGCCGACCAAUCUGUGACAGACGGAUACAUCUUACAGAAGAGCUACCCGACUCUUUGUGCUGAGGAGGACAACGUUAACAUUCAUCUGUUCCACGACAGCGUCAGCGAAUACACCGUCACCGCCCACAAACCACAGUUGCUUACGUUUCAAAACUGGAGACAUGAAGAUACAAAGAAUUGUCCGUUUCUUGAACCAGUUUACUGGAAAUUUGAUAACGUUAUAUUGGAAGACCUUCUCGCUUCGCCGAAGGUAUCACCCAAGGCCACCCUUGCCACCAACGAUGACGCUGCUAACGGCAUCCAGACCCCAUUCUCAUUUCAUGUUCUGUUCCGUCUGGCCGGAAGGACCAACGGUCAUAUUGACUCGGAGAUCGGUUCUGUGUUGACUCUGAAACUAGACGGAUUAGAGUCUACAGCUGAUGUUACAAUAUUGUACAAAGAAAAGAAAUCCGGGCUUCUUUUCAAAGAAACUUCUGUAUCAUUUUCAUCCUCAUCCCCAUCUCACAAAUGGACCAUCGACGAUUUCACGUGGUUUGAGAAGCAAGAAAAUGAAAUCGUCCUAAAGAUUUUUACAAAACAGACAAGCGGCAUCAUCAUUGAUGACUUUCAUCUGGAGCGACGUCCCAUGAGCCCAGAUACACAGUUUGAUAUGUACAAGGAUGAAGAGGUGGCCGUUGAGGGUGUUGACGUCGAUUUUUGGUGGCUAGCGCCCGACUCAAUGCAGGUUACCAUCUCCACGACUGGUCAAACUUUUGACAAUGCCGACUACAUGCGUAUAGCCCUCCCAGUACCCUGGAACCAGACCUGGAGCCAGGUGUUUGUCAUGUAUCAAGACGGCAAUGUUCGCCUCCUUCCUCCAGUGCCCCCAGCGGCAGACUGGAUCCCCUUCGGAACGUCCGUCAUCGUUGGUCAAACUGUGUCCAGUGACUUCCGGCCCGUGGCUCCCAUCGCAUCCGUCGUCGUCAACCCUGACACGCUGGUUCUCGACGUGACGUACCGAGAUGGCGGACAGGCUACCCUGAAAGUGAACGUUCAAGUGGACCGGACAGAACUUCAGGUCAGCAACCUUCUGUUCAAGCAGAACACGACCGCGACUCCAUUCGCUACCUUCCGCUCUAUGUACGUGGACGCCGGUAACGACGACUCAGACAGCGUCAUGACGGACAAGGAAGGACCACGGCACGUACUAGGGGACUGGGACAGGCUGUCGGGGACGUCGUUCCUAGUCUUCAGACGCUGUGAGUCGAGUCACCUGACUCAGAGUCCAGACAUACGAGUAGACAUCAAUAAAGUCUAGCCACGAUGAUCAGUCUGUCCCACCUAUGCCGUUUAAGACUUGUUGUUUUAUUCAAAUUUCAAUUUAGCUGAAUUAUUCCUGAAAUUAUUCGAAAACGUUUUGCGUCAGGGUUUACACACACACAAAAACAAUUGUUUACUGGGUUGUUUGGCCCAUCUUUGCAUGGUAUGUCUUGAAGUAAUGAUAAUUUUCUGUGUCUGAAAACAUCCAACUGUCGCCCGAAAGAAUGGUUUUACUACAUACUUCAGUGUGAAAGACUGUGUUUUCUGAAGUUGAGAAAGUUAUAUUUUCAUUGCAUUGAACAUAACGCGUGAUAUUUCACUGCAGUGAACAUAACAUUUUGACGGAACUAUUGUCAUACGAGA